AUGGAGGCCACCCAUACCAUAGCCAAUUUAACCUUUGCCCAGUUCGAGGCCUUGUUUCUUGACAAGUACUUCCCCACGCCCCUUCACCUGGCCAAGGAACAAGAGUUCCUGAACUUGAAGCAAGGAAAGUUGACCGUCACCCAAUACGCGGCCAAAUUCGAAGAACUGUCCCGCUAUGCCCUAACCUCCACACCAACCGAAGACAAAAAAGCCAGAAGGUUCGAGUGGGGGCUGACGACUGCUCGAAAGGCUGUGGUAGCUCAAGCCUUCGCCACCUAUGCUGAAGUGGUGAAGUGUGCACUCCGGCUAGAGAGCGAGGAAUUGGACUUCAAAACCCGAUGGAGGAAAGCUACUGACGGCACUGGUGGACCAAUCCGAACCCAACCACCCAACAACGAUCGUGGACCCUACCCCACCAAAUCCUCUAACCCAUCUUUAAGCACCCAACCUUGGAGGACUGCUAUCCCCAAAAAUGGCAAACCAAAGAGAGGCAGUCGAGACAUAGCAACAGUUCAGUGUUUCAACUGCCAGGCUAUGGGUGUCGAUUGGGCUAUAGUAGCAAACACCAAUGUGACAAACUUAACACUAACUCAUCUAGUUGUGCGGGGUUAA